AAAAAUGGACCAACUCGUGAAAUGCGUAUUGUGCUUGACCACCGAGCCGGAAAGUUUUCUCAAAGUGUACAGUGAUGAAAAAUCCAUCGACGAUAUAGCGGAUAUAAUAACAAAACAUCUUUGGUUAAAGCCGACCGACGAUUCGUACGUUUGCAACGAGUGUUGGAAAUGUCUGAAGGAUUUCCACGAGUUUUACAUCCGGCUAGAGAACAUCCACUUCACGCCAGAUCCAGAUCCAGAGGAUGCGUCAUGCAACGCAAAAGAUAUCAGACAAUACCUGUUUGAAUUUCAUCCGGUGGAAGAUGUUAAAAUAGAAGAAUUGUCCCAGGACGCGGAACAGUUGGAAGAAAUAGAGUACGAGUAUUUGGAGGGCGAUGAAAGUGCUGAAAAUGAAAGCAAAGACCGUAUUACGAAUAGGCGCCCAAAACGGGCCAGCGCCGCACAGCCAAACUAUAAGCUGGAAGCGGACGCCGAAGCCGAAUGGGAAAAGGAUUAUCUCGCAAGCAACGAUGAGUACGAAGAUGAUGAGGAUGAUGCAGAUUAUGAUGAAAAUAUGAAGGAAGACGCUGACUACCUUGAGGAGGACAAUGAUGACAGUGAAGUUAUAAACUACGACAUCCAAAACAUCAAGCAGGAAGCAAACGCUAAAGCGGAAUCGGCGUUGACGCCCACCAUACUUCCGAAGCGAGGUAGAGGUCGACCACCGAAAAUAAAGCCAGAAGUUGCGGUUAAACAUGAGCCGAGAAAGUUGCGCGAACGAGGUCGAAAACGGAAAGCUUCCGUUACGAGCAGUGAGUCGGAGUUGGACUCAGACUUUGAUGAUAUGAUCGACAGCGAAGAUUGGAAAAAGUAUCGCAAAUCGUCAAAAGGAGGGAAGGCACGCAAAGCGCUCGGCUUUCGGCAGCUGCAGGAAAAGAUAUUUUCAUACGUGGAUGAAUUUAUCUGCUACUACUGCCCGGAGAAGGUGGUAUUCGAGCGUUUCCAUCAUGCGAAUCUGCAUUACAAAAAGGUGCACAACGAGCCCGCCUUCCUGCGGUGUCCAAAGUGCGGUCGGAAGUGCUUCACACCCGGUGGAUUCGUCAGUCACAUGGAGACACACGAAGAUCCGGAAAGAAACAAGUGUAACAUAUGCGGAAAGGUCACGGAUCAACAGAUCACCUUAAAGAAGCAUAUGCGAGCGCAUCAGGAUAAGCUGGAAAAGGAUUUCCCCUAUCCGUGCAGUCAGUGUACGCGUCGUUUCGAGCAUGAGGAAAAGCGAGACAAACACGAACGUCUACACGGGCGAAAGGUGGUCAUUAAAAAGGAAAAGGGACGCGAUGUGGAGCUGCUUAAGUUCUACAAACGCAUCUACUGUGAUGUGUGCGAAGAAAUCACUCCCGAAUCGACCUCGUUCGAUAACUUCUGGGAUCUGAAGGUGCACAUGACCAACGAGCAUAACAAAACGCCCUAUCUCAAGUGUCCGAUAUGCUACAAGAAGAAUGCUUGUCGUCAGCAGCUGAUGGUGCACGUGGAUGUGCACGACAAUCCGGAAAACUAUCGAUGUAAAGUGUGUAAGGAAAUCCAUCAGAAUCUGGACAAACACAUGAUUAAAGCUCACACAGCGGAAACAUCCCAACCGGAUGAGAAAAAUUACAGCUGCGAGCAUUGUGGCAAAAUGUUCAAAUAUCAAACAAACCUUCGCAGCCACAUUGAUCGUGUGCAUGGUGUAAAGGAUGUGUGCUGUGAGAUCUGCAACAAAUACUUCAACCAUAAAGCACUAAGUGCCCACAAGCGUUCGGCCCACACCGACGAAAUGUUUAUGUGCGAACACUGCCCGAAAAUGUUCAAAACACGAAGCGGUCUCGAAUCACACAAGAGCGAUCACGACGAAACGUUGCGCAAAUCGGUCAAGUGUACGAUAUGCGGCAAGGAGAUGCGACGCGGUGCCAGCAUGGCGAAGCACAUGAAAACGAUCCACUCGCAGGAAGAUCCGGUCAAGUGCGAUCUGUGCGGUAAAAUGUUUCGCACCACGUUCCACAUGUUGCGCCAUCGGGCCAACACGUGCUCGGCCACGAUUAGCUCGCGUCCGUACAAAUGUGAAGUUUGUGGUAAAGGAUUCGCGAUGAAACUUACAAUGACCGAACACAUGACAACUCAUACGCGCACCAGCCUGUAUCAGUGUGCGUUUUGCUUCAAAACUUUUGGCUACAUUUCGAAUCUGUACAAGCACCGGAAGAAGGCACAUCCGCUUGAAUGGCAGGAGGUGCAGGCGAGACCGGAGCAGGGCAUUGCAACCGUAAUCGAAAUACGUAACUAA